CUUACUUCGCCAUAUUGGUUGCUAUCGAAAGGCAGUUUUGUCAACACAGAGAAAAUGCCUCCCAAAACCCCAGGUUCUGGGAAAAAGAUGUCAAAAGCUGAGAAAGAAAAACUCAAGAAGGAGGAAGAAGAGAGGAAAGCCAAAGAAGAGGAGGAGGAAAGGAUAAGAGCAGAAGAGGAAGCAGCUGCACAGAAGGAAAGAAAUAAAGCAGAGGCUGCAGAGAAAAGGCGUUUAGAACAAGAGGAAAGGGCCAGAAGAGCUACUCAAUUGGAAGAUUUGAACAACAUUUUAGAAACAAACAAAGCCACACUUGAUAACAUAGAAAAUGAAAGGAGGAAAAAUGCAAAGUGGCAACGCUACAUGUUGUGUGAUGGAUCCCCAGACCCUACCAUACCAGGAGAGAUCAAUACAUACAUGAACCUUUGGAAGGAAGACAGCACCAGAGUCCAGAUUGAAGAUGUUUUGGUGGAUAGUAAACAAGUGCUUGCUUUGAUCAGUGAGCUGGAAUUCUUGUUGGAAGACACUCCAGCUGAAAACAUCAUGGAUCAAGAGGUCAAUCAGUUUAAAGCGACAAUGUCAGCAAUGCAAACACUACUUAAAGAGAAACUGGACCGUGCCUCCCAUGAGUUACUACUGCGUGCCAGUGAGUUGGCUAAUCCAGAUACUAGCAACUUGGAGGCAUGUUAUGGGGAUGAUAUGUGCACCUUGUGUGUUUGGGGAAACUUGAGCAAAAAUCCAAGAAUAAAAUCAUUUGAGUUCAAAGAAAAAGGGUUCCAAUUUGAACUUCCCAAAAUCCUGACCUUGUCUGAUUGUGCAGUGAGACUUCUCCAUUCAAAAUAUGACCAUUUGUCAUAUACCACAAGGUCUUAUACGCCAAGGUUGAAAAAAACAGAAGAGCCUGAAGUAGAGGAAGCUCCUCCAGAGCAAGAAGAGGAGAAGGCUGAAGAGGGCGAAAAGCCUGAAGGAGAGGAAAAAGAGGAAGAUGAAGAAGAUAUGGAAAGGGAAAAGACAGAGGAUCUAAUGGCAGCUUUGAGAAGUGGUAAUAUUGAUGGAGAUGAUGAAGAAGAAAAACAGGAUGAAAAGAAAGAUGAUGAACCAGAGGAAGAAGAAUUACCCCCAGAAGAAGAUGCAAAAACACCUGAGCCCCUUGUGUGGGAGGAUUUUGAUGAUGAAGAUGAUGUUGUAGACUUGCGUGCUUACACACCUCUGGGUGGAGUUUUUAAUUUUAACUUGUUACAUCUUCCACCUCAACCUAAAUCAGUCAAAGGCUGGAUCAUGACAACAUUGGUGGAACCAGUGUUAAAUCCUAUGGACUAUGUGGCUGAUAAUGCCAGUGCUGUGCCCACACCAAACAAGGAGGAAGAAAAUAAGGAUAAGAAAGAUGACCAGAAAGAGAAGAAGGAGGAAAAGCCACCUAUUGCAAUUUCAAUGAGACUUCCACAAGAUGUAUACUUUUGUGAAGAGCCUCAAGUAGCUAGAUGGGAUGCUCCAACUAAAACAUGGAGACUAGAAGGAUUCAGUGACAAUAACUAUAAUGAAGAGACCAAAAUGCUGACCUUCAAGACCAAUUACUUCACCACAUUUGGGUUGUUUCAAGACUCACAUGUGAAUAUGCCGUUCCAGUCUUGGGAAAUUCGGCCCAGGGGUAUGAACAAAGCUCUGUUCACGUUGAUAGCAGCUAUAGUGGAGCUGGAGAUUGAAAUAGAGGAGGACAAGUGCUGCCUAGGGAAACCAGAUGAUAAACCAGAACUCCAACACUUGCUUAAUAAAUGGAUGUCUCCUCAAGAUUUGAUUAAGGCUCUGAAGGCUGCUGGGAUAAACAUAUUCCCAGCUGAAGAUUCUUCCAAAUAUGUGAGCAUUCAGAAUAAGCAUCCUGUGACAGAAUCCAAUCUGUAUCAGCAGAUGGCAAUAACUGCAUCAUCUAUGGCCUACUCUUGGUCUAAGUGGAAUGCUGAAGUAGCAGACAGAGAUAAGAUAAUCAUCCAAGGGGCUGAGUGUAUGAAAGAUGAACCCCUGUUAGAGGAGGACUGGGGACUGUUCAUGGCUACUAAGAAGAGGACUAUAAAACUGAAAAUGUCCGAGUUUGAUGAAGAGUUUUCAGAUGACCAUGCUGAUGGCACAAAUUACCACGCUGACUUGUAUCAUCUUGUGAUGGAAGCACUGUCUGCUGAGGGUCAGCAGAAAAUAAAAGACACCAACUAUAAAUUCUACAACACGGUCAGCACUAUGCUUUCUGCUACGAAAGUACUGACUUAUGCAUAGGAAGAAACUAAUGGAGGCUCAACAACAAUGCAAGAUAUUUUGCUUUGAAAAACAGAGGUUGACAUGAAAUUAAACUUAAAUUCAUCUUCAUUGUAUAUAGUUGUCUGCAAUUUAUAAUUGCACACUGUGCCAGACUUUGUGAUGCAGCCUACAUUCCAACACCUUAUGAUUCAUAUUUCAUCUCAAAUUAUAACCUUAAUGUACACAUCUAUUUGUAUCAUAGUUUGAUAAAAAGUAUUUUAAAAGUUACAAUUUUGUUAUCACUUAGAAGUUUUUAACUAGUACCAAUUUGGAAUAAUCAUUUCGACACAUUUGGGAGUUUAAGCAUAGUUCCUCUCUUCCUUUCUGUACUACUUAUCCAAACUACAGGUAUCAGUAUCAUUCUAUAUAUGAGACGUCAGUGAUUCUUCUUUUAGCCAUUACAGUAUGAAUUGCAACAUGUUCUAAGAAAAUCCCAUAAUAGGAUU